AACGGUCGGGGUGAAUUUUGAAAAACAGGCAACUCUCAUUAAUAAAUAUAAUGGUGUUGUUUAUUCUGUUAAACAGCCUGGCAACAGGAGUUUCCCGUGACUAACUUAGCUUUGCCCCUCCAAUUCCAACUAUAUAAAUUGCAGGGCAUGAGCUCCUUUUACUACCACGAUCAGAUUGAUUAUUGUCUUCAAUGGCUGCCCAGGGGAAGAGCGUAUGUUGUUGGUGGGUUUUUCUCACCCUCAUAAUUGUCUUAGUGAGUGUGGGGGGCUCACAAUGUGCAGAGUUCAAUGACUAUUUCUACCCCAGUUGGGCAGAGGAUCAUGUCAUGUAUGAAGGACAAAUGCUCAAGCUUAAGCUCGACAAUAUUUCUGGAUUUGCUUCUAAAAGCACAUACCUCUUUGGAAAGGCAAAUGUGCAAAUCAAGCUUGUUGCAGGGGACUCAGCAGGCACUGUUACAGCUUUUUAUAUGUCUUCACAAGGUGACCAGCACGAUGAAUUCGACUUCGAGUUUUUAGGCAACAAAUCUGGAGAGCCAUACAUUGUGCAGACCAAUGUGUACUCACAGGGAGUGGGCAAAAGAGAACAGAGGCUCUACCUGUGGUUCGACCCAACACAAGACUUCCAUUCCUAUUCCUUGCUGUGGAAUCGCCACCAAGUAGUGUUCAUGGUGGAUGAUGUACCCAUCAGAGUAUUCAAGAACAGGGAGAAUGAAACUGGAUUGGCAUACCCACAGAGGCAGGCAAUGGGGGUGUAUUCAUCCAUUUGGAAUGCAGAUGACUGGGCUACACAGGGAGGACUUGUAAAAACUGACUGGAGCCAUGCCCCUUUCAUUGCUAGUUACAGGAAUUUCAGCAUUGACGCCUGCGAGUACAAGGGCCCACAGUCGAUGAGUGAGUGUUCAUCAUCAUCAUCUUCAUCGUCGUGGUGGUGGGACCAGGCUGCAUAUGAUUCUCUGGAUGGGAAACAGAGGCUGAAACUCAGAUGGGUACACGACAAAUACAUGAUAUACGACUACUGCAGGGAUUCCACCAGAUUUUCCACGCCUCAGCCUGAGUGUGCACAAAGAAUAUAAUUUUUUCCUUUUCCCCAGUAUGAUUGUGAAUUGUGACAAUCCUUCUUUAUUCUGCGGUGUGUGGGGCCGCAGCAAUUUUGUACCAAAUAGAAAUUUAGCCUCUUUUCUUCAGAGGUCGUGUUGAAUUCUUUACUAAUAUCUAAGGCAUUUUUAUGUUCCCA